AUGGCUUCCAUUCGAUCUUCACUAGGACCUCGCAAACAGCCUCUCGACAUUGAAGAGAUAGAGUACGAUCCACCGCAACAGGCCGCAGCCGCACACAAGACGGAUAUCUCGCCCCAGAAGAAGGUACCCGCCAAGCAGUACGAAGAGGUGGGAGACGAAGAUCUCGAGGACAUAGAGAUGCGUGUUGCGGCUCGGGGAGACGCAGAUGAGGCACCUCCCACUCCGGCUGCAACCAGUCGCUCCGAGUCGCCUUCCACAAUCGGUUCCCGUGUGGACUUUGAGGGCCUUUCAUGGCCCAGCGUUGGUGCAUUGGGACGCCUACACGAACGUGAGAGGCCGGAAGAGGCGGCUGCGAGACUUCAGAAACUGUCCGGCGCAGUGCGAACAAUACUGGAAUGCAUUGGCGAAGAUCCGGACCGAGAAGGCCUGCAUGGAACACCGGAGCGGUAUGCGAAGGCCCUGAUGUACUUCACCAAAGGCUACGAGGAGAAUCUGCGGGACAUUGUCAAUGGCGCCAUCUUCAAUGAGGACCACGACGAGUUGGUCAUGGUCAAGGACAUCGAAGUGCAUAGUCUCUGCGAGCACCACCUGGUACCGUUCACCGGAAAGGUAAGGCAGUGCUCUUUCUCAGGUCUCCAGAGACGGUAUUCUUAUUCUAAUUCUAAUUCCUCUCUAGAUCCACGUUGGCUACAUACCAUCCCGCCGAGUGAUUGGCCUGUCCAAGAUUGCUCGCAUAGCGGAGAUGUUCAGCCGACGGCUACAAGUGCAAGAACGACUGACCAAGCAAGUGGCAACCGCGUUGAGCGAAGUGCUCAAGCCGCAGGGCGUGGCUGUCGUCAUGGAGAGCACGCACAUGUGCAUGGUGAUGCGAGGUGUGCAGAAGACUGGAUCUUCGACGACGACGAGUUGCAUGCUCGGUGCCAUGAGACGGAGAGCAAAGACGAGAGAAGAGUUCCUGAACCUGCUGAAUAUGAAUGGGCUUCGCCGGUGA